CUUUUUUAUAUGAAUUACGACUCAUGCCAUCGGGCCGUGAAGAUUCCUUAGGGCAUUGAGACAUGCUCGUCGAUGAUAUACCCACAAGUUCAUUGAAACAUCAUGCAUGUGAUUUUCUGCAUCGUCGUGCAACAAUUGGUGCAACCCUCCAUUCCGUGAAAUCGCUGCAUCACGAACACCUAGCAAUCUAUCAUGAUUAUUGGCACGAUUGCCUUGUUCAUCUCGAAAAGAUAUGUGCAUUGAAGACAAGACGAACCAUAUCGUGGAGCAAAUUUCUUUUGAUACUGCAAGAGCUGUGGUUGGAAGUAUUCAAUCCGCGCGGAGAACGAUACCCGUUCGUCAUAAUAUUAUAAAACCCAUGGACCUUGGGAUGAGGGCCGGGUGAUAAGGGUUUCAUCCAGGGAUAAUAUAUUGCAAUUGAUCCUGCGACCGCGACAUGUCUCUAUCUAAUAAACUCAUCACCAUCACGGGUGCAGCAUCUGGGAUCGGACUGUCAACCGCGCGAAUACUUGCCCGACGCGGCGCUUUACUAUCCCUUGCCGACUACAAUGCUUCCAAACUCCAAAACGCCCAUUCGGAACUCGCGUCACUGUCAUCCUCCUCGAAAGUAAUCUCCACUCCAUUAGACAUCCGGGAUACCGACUCUGUAAACAAAUGGAUACACAAUACAAAAGAAAAAUUCGGGAUGUACAUUGACGGAGCUGCCAAUGUGGCUGGGUUCCAUCCGCUAUGGACUCCAAAGAAUGUGCAAGAUAUUAGCGACGAGGAAUUCGAAGAGGUGAUCGCCAUCAACACGACAGGACUGUUUAAAUGCCUACGCGCGCAGCUUGCAGAAGGCGUCCUGAAUGAGAAAGGCGCAUCAAUCGUGAAUGUUGGAUCAGUCUCGGGACUUAUUGGUUUUGCGGGGGAUGCUGCCUAUGUUGCAAGCAAACAUGCUACUCACGGGUUGACUAAGAGUGUCUCAAAGGAAGCUGGGAAGAGGAAUAUAAGGGUGAACGCCGUCGCGCCAGGUCAGACUGAUACCCCAAUGGUGCAAGCGAUGCAGGCGGAGAACGGAGUGCUUCCGACUCCAGCCGUCAGCUUGGGCAGAUCAGGAAUGCCAGAGGAAGUCGCAGAAUUGAUUGUAUGGCUUCUAGGGUAUGAGAGCCGAUAUGUCACUGGAAGUAUAUACCGAAUUGACGGUGGUAUGCUUGAGUAGGAAAUCUUGUGCAGGAGAUGUGUGUUAGGAUGUUGACUAUGAUUAAACAUUUUGCAAUCUUGGGGCUAAAAUAUCCUCGCUCGUAACCAUGAAUGUAUAUACAGUAGGACCGACCACUAGAUCUGUCCAAGACCGGAGCCUGCGAGCACAGUCUUCUUGACAUCGUUCAACUUUGUAAGCUUGUAUUUAUAAGGCGCCUUCGUGAA